GUGUUUUUCAAAAGCAAUGGGUUUGCUAUUGAACCGCUUGAUAGUCGGAUCAUAGACUUAUGAUCGAUAACAAAAGACUAUCUACUAAGAUAACAAGCCCUUCAUGCACAGUUGUUUUUGAUAAAGCUGUGAUAACAGUCGGUCGUAAAAGUCAUAUACCUGUUGACGUGUGUCUUGACGACUCUGAAUGCGUAUCGCGCAAGCAUCUAGAAAUACACAGAAAAAACAAAGAUAUAUAUCUUAAAUGUCUUAGUAAAAAUGGAAUAUUUAUAGACGGAUCUUUCCACGUCGGAAGACCGGAUUUUGUACUUCUACCUGAUGGGUGUAAACUAAGGUUUCCGAGCACUAACAUUGUGAUUAUUGUGGAAGUGGUCGAACUAGAGCCUUUUUGCCACCCGAAAAAGCGGGCUUCUUGGAGAUUUUCACUUGAUCACACCAAUGGUAAUGAGCCUAAACUGAGUACUGAUCAAUACGAUAGAAAUAUGACAGAGCCACUCAUUUCACCGAUCCUAAAACCUAAAGAAUCGGAAGAAAAUUCCUCUCUCUCAUUAUCCCGUGAAGUGGAAACUUGUCGAACUACUCUUGAACAAAAAUAUAAUGUUUCAUAUAGCAACCCAAAAACUGAUAAUCAAAAUACUAAUUCAACUUUAUCUUUUAGUGGUCUACAAGGUUCAACCACUUCAAACUAUGCUUUAUUACCAGUUGAGCCAUUACUUGUACAAACAGAUCAAAAUUUUCAUAUUCCAGCAAUUGAAGCAGCUACAACAGUACUUCAAAAUCUUAUUCAAAGUAAUAAUCAUCAACCUAAAUCUUUUCAUAUCGAUGGUGAAUCCAUUUUUCAAGGUGAAGCUUCAGAUGUUGCAACUAACAUAAAUCAUAUCGCAAGAUUAUUUGCUUUUAAUUCACUUGCACAGUUAUCCGAGUUAGAUGUACAUAAAAGAAGUACACUAGCAUUAUCUAAUUUAGUGAAUUUUCCUUUUAAUCGACUAUAUGACUCCAGAUCAACUGAAUCUAAUUAUUCCACAUUCGACCAUGGCUUAUCCGAUGUAAUAAAAAAUCCUUUCCCACUAUCAUCCAACAUUACAGAUCCUCAUUUUCAGAAAUCCGAUGUUAUUGAACAAAACACUUUGAUAGUAGAUGAUGUUGACGAUACUAUCGAUUCUAGUGUAACAACAAUACAUCAAGAUGUCACAUCAAAUUGUCACACAAAUCACAAUGAUGAUCAUGAUGAUAAUGAUAGUAAUAAUAAUAAUAAUAAUAAUAAUAAUAAUAAUAAUAACAGUAAUAAUAGUCGCAAUAAUCAAGGAAAUGAAUCAACUAUCAAUGAAUUAGCUGCAAAUUUAGCUACAACAUCAGCAAUUGAUCGAGGCUCAACAUUUCGUAAACCGCCUUAUUCUUAUGCUCAAUUAAUUAUUCAAGCUAUUGCAUCAGCGCCUAAUCAACGGUUGACUUUAGCUGAUAUUUAUGCACAUAUUUCAAAAACAUUUCCAUAUUAUAAACCACAUGAAAAAGGUUGGCAGAAUUCAAUACGUCAUAAUUUAUCAUUAAAUCGUUAUUUUAUUCGUGUACCACGUUCUCAUUCAGAACCUGGUAAAGGUGCAUUUUGGCAAUUAGAUCCUUAUUGUGAAACAUGUUUAAUUAGUCAAGCAUUUCGUAAACGUCGACAAACAUCAUCAAAAUCAUCAUCUUCAUCAGCUGAUUUAAAUCAAUUGAAUAACACUAGUAAUAAUAAUAAUACUAAUAAUGGUAAUAAUAAUAAUAGUAAUAAUAAUAAUCAUUAUGGUGGUGGGGAUGAGGAUGCUGAUGAUGAGUUUAUUGCUGGCGAUGAAGAACAACAACAUCAAGGCGAAGAAGAAGAAGGUGAGCAAAUAAAUGAUUUAAACGAUCAUAAUAAUAAUGAUAAUAAUACGACUGAUGUUAAUAAUUCUGCAUUUCCUGUAACAACUCGUGAAGUAUUAUUAAAUGAUAUUGGUCAACACAAUAAUAAUAAUAAUAAUACUAAUAGCAAUAAUAAUAAUAAUCAUUCAUUAGACAAUACUAUAUCACCAAUUGAUAAUAAUAAUAAUAAUAAUAAUAAUAAUAAUCAUUCUUCAACAUCUCAAUAUGCUAUUGUACAAUUGAAUGAUUGUUUAAAACAACAACAACAACAACAAAACCAUCAUCAUCAUUUACAACAACAUAUGCAAUCUUUACUACAUCCUACUCAUUCUCUAUGUUUGUCAAAUUCAUUUUCAUCAUCAGCGUCGAUUAUGUUGUCGUCAUCUAAUGGUCAACAACAACAACAUCAACAUCAGCAUCAGUCUGAUAUGAUAAUGCAUCAUUCAAAUGGUUUACCAAUGCCAACAACAAAUGGAGAUCGUGACAGAAUGCUACAACCACCUCCACCGCCAACACGUACAAUGAUCUUAUCGAAUGAUCUUGAUACAGCUGCCUUACUUGCAACAAAUAAUAAUAAUAACAACCAUUCCAACUUGAAUACACAUUUCAAAAAUAUUUUCAAUGAUGGAAAUAAGUCAUCAGAUGUUGUACAAGAAAAUUCUCAUAAUCUAAUUGGGAAAUUAUCAACUGUAUCAAAUUUCAGUAAUAAUAACAAUAAUCAUUUACCACCACCUUUAAUUCCUGCUCCAUCAAAUUUUAAUUGGGAUAUGUUGAACAAUAAUUAUUGUCAAGAAUGGUUACGAUUAGCUAAUAAUAUUGGUUGUGAUAAUUUAUCGCCAACAUCAUUAACAACAGCAUUUCAUGGAUUAUGGCAAUUAUCAUCAUCUAAUCAAGAAUUUCAAAAGAACAAUGUAAAUUUAGCUGCACAAUUAAUUAAAGCUAAUCAAAAUUUCAAUAAUCUUACAUUAUCAUCUAUUGAUACAAAGAAUCAAAACAUAAAAAAUGGUCAACACAAAGAAUCUCUUCCUACUACUACUACUACUACUACAUGUGAUAAUCCAACGGAUUUAAGCGCAACCACAAAUAUCACCACCACUGAUUUGUCAAUAAGUCGAAAACAUCGACACACAGAUCAAUUAUCUAUAUCGCCUAUAUCAUCAAUAUCCAGUGCAUUAUCACCACCAUUCUGGGCAUCGAAAUGUUCUCGAUCUCCAGUUGAAGGUGGUGAAGAAGAAAAUGGACAAACCGAUAAACAUGAACAAAUCACUACUGUGAACAAUCAUUUUUUCGUAAAUCCAACCAACUUUUAUGCAAUGCAAUCCUAGAUUUUAUUAUAUUCCUAUUAUUAUUAUUAUUAUUAUAACAAUUAUGAUUUACUACCAUUACUGCUCUUUCCCUUUUUAUUUCAAUUAAAAAAAAUAUGGUACAUCAUUUUAAAAGAAAACAGAUUAAGACAAACAAACAAACAAACCCCAUAGAUCUGAUUGAACAAACAUUUUUUUUCUUUUUUUUUUGGUUCUUCAAAUAAAAACAAACCAACCUAAUUUAUAAAAUUGCAUACACACGGCAAUGUUAUAUAAUAAUAAAACAUAACUAGAGUUAAAUAUUAUUAUUAUUAUUGUUACUAUUAUUGUUAUUUCUAUUAUGUACACGAAUCAUUCAUUCUUCAAUAUGAGAAAAAUGUUUUUAGCAAGAGAAAUGAGUUGGUUCUUUUUUUAUUUUAUUUUAUUUUUAAAAUUGUUUGUAUGAUAGAAAUAAUAUAAAGAUAAACAUAAAAUACAACAAUGAAUUAAUACAUGUUUAUCAGAAAAAAAUGUACAUAUAAUAAAUUAGUAGUAGUAGUAGUAAUAAUAAUAAUGAUAAUAGUAAUAGUAAUACACAAUAUUGACAGAGUUAAAUGCUUACAUAUCAAAAUCUAUACGUUUUGCAGUAAAUCCACUUGGUCCAACUAGUGUGACUGUACGUGGUGUUGAACUUGUACCUGAAGUGACUGUAAAUCCAGAUGGAUUAGCAACAUAUGUAGUAGUUGUACUGCCACCACCUGCAGGACGUUU